AUGGUUGAACUCAUCCCCCAUCUCCCUGAAGACCUCGAACGGGCCAUCUUCGAGCACACGGCUAUCACCGAUCCCGGCACGGUGCUGCCGCUGAUGCUCGUCGCGCGGCGCGUCCACGUCUGGGUCGAGCCUCUCCUCUUCCGCAUUCUCCGCGUGACCGAGCGGCGCCGCCAUCAAGCUGCUCUGCGCGCCCUCAAACGAAAGCCGUCCGCAUUCGCCGCACAGCACGUGGGCCACCUCCUCGUCGAUGGCAUCAGCGACAAUCCUAGCGAGGUGCUCACCGAACUCCUCAAGCGCUGCACUGGCUUACACGGUCUCGGGACGACAUACCGCUAUCACGUGGCCGCCCUUCUGCCUCUGCUUGCCGACCUCCGCCUGCGCCGCCUCACGGCGGAUCUCGGCGAGAUCUGGCGCACCGGCCAUGCUACCGACACGCCCACACCUAUCGACACGGCACACCUUGCGUUCGCCCACGUGACGCAUUUGAACCUGCACGACCAGGUCAAGUUUGCCGCCGUGCGCGCGCCCGUGUGCGCCGCCCUCCCGCGCUUCCCGGCGCUGACGCAUGUGCGCCUGCAACUCUCCGGCAGCCCCGCCCCGAUCACCGAAUUCGAGGCGGCCCUCCACCGCGCGCCGCACCUCCACGUGCUUGUCCUCGGUGAGCCGGAUGCGGCUGAUGUUGCAGCGCUCGGCCCGGCGGCCGACGUCCGGCUCGUCUGCGUCAGCGGCGGGUGCGAGUAUGCCAUGUUCUGGAAGGACUGGGAGGACGGGUUGCGUGGGCGACUAGACGUGUGGGAGCGUGCGGAGCGCUUUGUUGAAGGGAAGCGCGAGGGAAGGUUCAGUGGUCUGUGGUUGCCUAACCAGUAG